AUGUCGACUGUAGUGAAAUUUUUUGGAUUUGAACCUUAUCCAAAAUUCCGUCUCAACGAACCACGUUUUCCGCAGGAUACUUUUCUUGGACGAUAUUUUCAUUUUUUGGAUAUUAUCGAUCCACGAACUUUAUUCAUUUCUAACGAGGAACUAAAUAGUUCUAUAAAAUUACUGAAUGAUUAUAAAGAAGGUAAAGGAAGUGCUAAAAUAAGCGAUAAGGAAUUAUGGAAGGCCCAAAAGAUAAAAAAUGCGAUAGUUCAUCCGGAUACGAACAAAAAGAUUUUUCCAGCGUUUCGAAUGAGCGGUUAUGUUCCUUUCGGAUGGAUUACGGUAACUGGUAUGUUGUUACCAAAUCCGUCUUGGUCAACGAUUUUAUUUUGGCAGUGGAUGAACCAAUCGCAUAAUGCACUUGUAAAUUAUUCUAAUAGGAAUGCCACUCAAGAUCAAUCAAAAUUUAUAAAGGCAUAUUGUAUUGCUGUAUCAUCAGCAUGUUCAACUGCUACAGGACUUACAUAUUUAAUCAAGAAAUGCAAAAAUAUUUCGAUUAAUAAGCAAAUAUUCUUGCAAAGAUUCGUCGCCUUACCAGCUACUUCAUUAGCAAGUAGUCUUAAUAUUUUAUCGAUGCGUUGGAGUGAAAUUUUUUCGGGAAUUGAAAUUUACGAUAGUGAAAAGAAUGUUAUUGGAAUAUCUAAAGUGGCCGCUAAAAAAGCGGUUUUCGAAACAACUUUAACGAGAGCAUUUCUACCAGUUCCUUUAUUAAUAUUACCACCAUGUAUUAUGCCAUUUUUUGAACGAAUGGAAUUCGUAAAGAAAUGCUGGAGACGACAUCUUGUCAUUAAUGCAAUUGUUUGUACGCUUAGCUUUGCUUUUAGUCUACCAAUUUCACUGGCACUUUUCCCACAACAAUCCAAAAUCGAAACGAUAAAACUGGAAACUGAACUACAAAAACUUACCAAUGAGCCAAUUCUUUAUUAUAAUAGAGGAUUAUAA